GUCCGAGUCUGCUCAAUAUCUGGCUCGAGAGAUUGAGAGGAAGGUGUGUGAUUUUCUGUUAAAGCCAGAAGAAGAGUUGCAGACGUCGUCCUCUCUGUCAAACCUGGGAUUGGAUUCCCUUGUUGUGAUUGAGUUCAUUUCUCAGUCAAGGAGAACCUCCGUGUGAACAUGGAUAUUGCUCUGACUAGUUUACACGAACAGGGGGUUCAACGCACAUUGUGUAUUUACUAAUAGCUUCAUAUACCAACGAUUCCGGGAAUACACUAUCAAUUUGAAAGUUGUAGGUUGCCCCGGCAAAGCUCGUUAAGUGGCACCUCUGCUAGAGGGAGUGGCGCCUCAGCAUAAAAGAAUCCGCUGUUGGCACGUUGGCACCAACAGCUAUCGUCAAAGAGUGUUGGUUCAUACUUCUAUGGACUGUAAAAAUUGGUAUAUCCUUCCCAUGGAAAACAGCGCUCGGGGUUCGGGUGGGUGGCUGGUCCGCUCCGGUCGGAAGCUUUUCCUUGGGAUGAAAGAGACAAAUUCGGCCAAGCACAAUUUCUUCUUCUUGUUGGUCAUAAGAAUAGUGAUUGGCUUAGAAGCUAUUCUGUGAAUGGUUGUAUAAGGCUGUCUGAUCGAGAAAAACGGUUAAGAAAUGAGAAAAAGAAUGAGCG